AUGAGUCUCUAUCUCACUUGGUCCCUCUGGGAAUGGCUCCUGUGGAGCAUUGUCCUGGCAAUAACACUCGGGAUCGGCAUUCUCUUUGUCACAGCUGCCUCACUCAUGAUCUCACAAAACACGGCUGUUGCAAAAACUCGCAAACGAGGAUCACCAGUCCAUAUCUUGAUCGUACUAGGAAGUGGUGGACAUACCGCCGAGAUGUUCUACAUGCUGGAUCAAUACAAAUUUGACCCGAAAGAUUCUACAUAUCGAACAUACGUUGUGAGCUCCGGGGACAACUUCAGCGCCGGUAAAGCGAGGGAUUUCGAGACCAAGCGUGGGGACGGCGAAGAAGCUCACGAGAAUUACACGAUUCUCACGGUUCCUCGCGCUCGAAGGGUUCAUCAAUCGUACCUCACCGCGCCAUUCUCAACCCUGCACUGCUUCUGGACUUGUCUUACUAUUCUGCGCGGACUCCAUCCUGAGCAACGACGACUUCCGAGAGAAUAUACCGCUUACCCAGACUUGAUUCUAACCAAUGGACCAGCUACAGCAGUUUGCAUGGUUGUCGCCGCAAAACUGAUUCGCUUCGGGCUGUUCUUUCUCGAAUGGAGCUCGAGGCUGCAGGGCCGAUCUCCGGUCUUUACUGUGUCAAAGUUACGCACGGUCUAUGUUGAAUCAUGGGCCCGGGUGAGUAGUCUCAGCACGACUGGGGUUAUCCUGCUACCAAUUGCCGACCGGUUUCUUGUUCAGUGGCCUGCUCAAGCCGGACGGCGUGCCUGGUGGGGGAUGAAGAAAACACAGUACGCUGGGUGGCUUGUGAUCUAA